AUGUCGACCGACCUCCAGUGGCUCCUUAUCCGCAAAUACAACUCCUUCCUUGUGAAGAAGGUCCCUGAGGGUCCCAUCUUCUCCAAGGAGCCUGGUAACCUCCUCAACCUGCACUCGCAUAAAUAUUCCGGUCUUGCUAACUCCAAGACCAUCGACAUUCAGAGCUCUGAGUCUGGACUACAAAUCACCACCCUGAAAUCAAAGGCAUCACCACACGCUGUUCGUCCCGCACGAUCAACCGCAAACGUUCGCAACCGCUCAGGAGGCCGUCGUUCAUUGGGAGUCGUUGCUUCCGUCGCGAAGAGGGGGUACCGUCCCGACCUGAGAGCUGCUGCUCUUGGUCGUACAUCUGCACUGCUCGCUGCACAAAAAGAGAAGAAAGCUUCGCCACCGAAGAAAGUCCGGGGGAAGAAGGCAGCAGCAUCCAUUCCAUGA